UCGUAAAGCACACCUCCGAUCGAGGCACAACGGCUGAUUACUCGAUCAAUUGGCGCCGCCUCCCGACCCUGACCAUGGCCAGCAAGCUCUGCAGAAAUAGGGCCCUGGCCUCAGCCCUGCGGCCGGCGAACCCGUCGGUCGCAGCCCGCAAUGACGCCGUCGCCGUCGUGAGGUGUUUCGCGACAACCGCCCGCGCAAACGUUGCCGUCCCCAAGGAUGCCCAGAACCCGCGCACCGCGCCCCGCAAUCAGGUCGGCGCCCUCAAGGUGCCCAUCGUCAACCCGGCCGACAAGUACCAGUCCAAGGCCGACGACCUGCACAAGUAUGGCUCGUGGCUCAUGGGCUGUCUCCCCAAGUACAUCCAGCAGUUCUCGGUCUGGAAGGACGAAUUGACCAUCUACAUCUGCCCCUCCGGCGUCAUCCCCGUCUUCUCCUUCCUCAAAUACAACACUGCCGCCGAGUUCACCCAGCUCAGCACCAUCACUGCCGUCGACUUCCCCACCCGCGACCAGCGGUUCGAGAUCGUCUACAACCUCCUCAGCACCCGACACAACUCCCGAAUCCGCGUCAAGACCUAUGCCGACGAGACUACGCCGGUGCCCAGCCUCACCCCCAUCUACGAUGGCGCCAAUUGGUACGAGCGGGAGACGUACGACAUGUUUGGCGUCUUCUUCGUCGGCCAUCCCGACCUGCGCCGCAUCAUGACCGACUACGGUUUCGAAGGCCACCCGCUGCGAAAGGACUUCCCCCUUACCGGCUACACCGAGAUCCGGUACGACGAGGAGAAGAAGCGGAUUGUCACGGAACCGCUCGAGCUCACCCAGGCGUUCCGCAACUUUGAGGGAGGGUCCAGCGCCUGGGAGCAGGUCGGCGCUGGUGUCGAUCGGACACCCGAGACCUUCAAGCUGCCUACGCCGAAACCGGAGGAGAAGACGGAAGAGAAGAAAUAAACCCGUUUGUGGUGCUGUACAUAUCCUGUCAAAGAAGAAUUGUUCAAAAUCGACGGUGCCGGAAAGUGAGAAGUGUGUGGCCUUUUUAUGUCGUCCGAUAGGUGAUGCUGGGCCGUGCAGCCCAGAAGAAUCCGAAUCUGAAUACUUCCUGGUCAUCAUCCUUCAAAAAGAGCUCUAAGAUCUGAG